AUGUCCGACGACCGCCUCCGUGUGUUCACUUUCAACUGUUGGGGGCUGAAGUAUGUUUCGAAAAACCGAGCAGAACGUAUCUCUGCUAUUGCGGACGCGCUGGUAGCGUCAGACUACGACCUCAUCACCCUCCAAGAAGUCUGGGUGUUCGCAGACUAUGAGCUCAUUCGCGCCGCAGUCUCCAAGCGUCUGCCAUACUCUAAGUUCUUCUACAGUGGGGCUUUUGGUGCCGGCUUGGCCAUCCUCUCUCGCUUCCCCAUAAUCGCGACCACCAUUCAUUCGUACACGUUAAACGGCUCUCCUAUAGACGUUAUACAGGGUGACUGGUUUGUUGGCAAGGCAGCCGGUAGUGCCUUGAUUGCGCACCCCAUCCUAGGACAGGUUCAAGUCUUUGACACGCAUCUGUAUGCACCCGGCGGUGACUCAGGUCCAAUUCACCAACAAGCCCACCGCUAUGUUAACGCCUGGGAAUUUGCGAAACUCACGCGUCAAGCAGCUGACGUGGGGCGAUAUGUCAUAGCGGCGGGCGACUUCAACAGCAUCCCAAGCUCCGUGCCGAUGGCGAUCAUCAGCGAACACGCCGGCCUCACCGACGCGUGGGUCGCGACUCACCCUAACGCACCUGUACAGACACUCGCUGGCCCUUCGCCCGCUCUCACGUCCCCACACGAUGCAAUCCGACUGUACGGUGUCACGGCGGACUCGCCGCUUAAUACCUAUUCCGCUGGCAAGCAUUUAGAGCCCGUCGCACGCAAAUACCAAGGCAAACGGCUAGACUAUAUCUUCUAUCGUCAACCAAGCAUUUCUCCUCCGAGCGGCCGGAACCCCAUCCUCAAGUGUGUGGAUACCAAUGUCGUCUUCACGCAGACUAUACCCAGGGCGAACUUCUCGUUUUCGGACCACUUCGGCGUGGAGGCGACUUUCGAGAUCUCACGCCCCGAAAACGGCGACAUAGAGACACAUGUCGCCGCACCCGCUGAGCCAGGGAGCGUGCUAACUCCCCCGCCGAUUCCCAACCCCUCGCUGUCACCGGAUUCCAUCAAUAGAACGCUGUCGUCCCUCACAUCGCGCUACCGAUAUGCGCAGCAUCGCGGUCGGUCCCAGCUCACUGUCUUCGGGAGCUGCACCAGCGUCAUCAUCUUCAUGGCCCUGGGCUCGGCGUGGCUCCCUCAGUCCUGGAUAAACCCCAUCUUCGUGGUGGCGACGAUAUUCCUCUCGUGGCUCGCCACGACCAUGUUCUACGUCGGGUUCGUCUACACGAAGUGGGAGACGAACGCGUUGACGAACGUCAUCGAGGAAUUGGAAAUCUACAGGGACAGCCUCGAAGGGCUCGACGGGCGCAACGGACUGUAG